UUAUUCAUUAGGACCGUGCACACUGCAAAUUAAAUUACUUAAAGUGUCUAUAAGCCAAUAAGCAGAACUAGUUAGAUAGAACGAAGAGAAGCUAAAAUGGGACUUGGAACUCUUCCAUUGACCCCACCUCAAACCAGCUUCUCUUCGAAUUCAAGAUUUGUAUAUGAUUGCAGUAGCAACAGGAGGAUCAUUAAUACUAGAAACAUUAAUAAGUUCAGAGUUUCAGCGAAACAAGAGAAGGAAGAAGCAAAGAAGAGCAAGCAAUCGUUGUUCAGCAGUGUCACUGAAGCUCUUGAUUUCUCUCAAGUGAGGUCCGCAGAGGAUGCUCAGCUUCUAGAAGAUGCCAGGCAGGCCACAAGGUCCGGAGAAAGAAUGAGCAGGGAACAGUAUGGAGCUCUUAGAAGGAAAAUUGGUGGGACAUACAAGGAUUUCUUCAAAUCCUAUGUUGAAGUGGACGGUGCAUAUGUGGAAGAGGGUUGGGUAGACAAAAGUUGCAAGGUGUGCAAGAAGGACACAAAAGGGGAGGCAAGGCAAACAGACAAGUUUGGAAGAUAUGUUCAUGUCGCAUGCCUAGAGAAGUCCAAGUCAGGAAACUUCUUCACCAGAUUGUUCUCACCCUGAAGGCUUAUUUAUUCACUUGUAUCUCGAUUGGCAACUGAAACUAUAGAAAUCUCUCCAGCCCACACAAUUUUAUAUAUAACAUACGAAGUUGUUAA